AUGUUUCAUAGCUCUAGUGAAGACCGGACCGACAUAUUCAAUUGGGCUUCAAAAUUAUCCUUAGUAGGGGUGCUUGAACAACACGGGUCUCGCUGGGCGGUAUUCAGUGUCGCACUCAGCUUAGUGUUAGCCCUUCCGAGCGUUGAUGGGAAGACACACCGAACGGACCUUCCGGAUAACGGAUUCAGAUUUCUACCUCCCGAUGUCGAAAAAGUAAUUCCUUCAUCGGUACCCCUUCUAUUCGAUCGAGCCAGUGAGGUCGAGGGUAAUCCGUCUGCGCUAACCAACAGUUUCAUCGCGUUUUCAACCGUCCUUCCAAUAAUGGCAGUAUUACUUGCAGUCCUCUCGUGGAAGCGUCGGCGAAAAGAUCGAGAGCUGUACGAAAGCGUCCUCCAAACGUAUCACACAAGAAAAGAAUUGUUGAACCGUGCGGAAAGGUUGAACGUUGACGUAUACGAAAAGAACACUCAACAUGAACAGUGGACUUCGAUCCAGUUCCCACCUCAAACAGAAUCAGGACCAGAACUAAGAGAUUCCAAGAGGGGCAAUGAAAAUCAAAGUUCAAAAAACGAAAGAAAUGCUCGGCCGAUGCAACCCCCCAACGCCACAGUAGCCAACCAGUGUCCAGAAGUGGCCGUGUCAAUCCCACCACUUCCGCAAGAUAUGCUCGAAACAACUAUUGCAGCCGAACGCAUUCUUCCUCUUCCAACGGGGUCUGAUCCACCAGGUUCAGCAUUGCAAUCAGGAAAAAGAACUUCGAGUGAAAACAGCUCACCACAAGAUAAACCAAACCUGCCAGACCAUGAGAUUGAGGACUUCCCAAUUCCUACCAAUAGGAAGACAAGAGUUGAUUCAAUAAUAGUCUACUGCGAGAAGCAGAAGAAAUUAUCACGGGAGUCAUGA